UAAGUGUGGGAGGGCCAGUCUGCGCUUCACGUCAAGGUUGGUGACGACGACGACGACGACGAUGAUGAUGAAGAAUCCGGCAGAUACGGGACAUUUAAAGUUCGGGGGGAAGUAGGGGACGAGUCCGGUUUGCCUCGACUCCCCCCCUGCUCGCCCGCCCGCCGCCGCCGCCUCGCUCAUUAAGCGAGGCUGCAAAUGCUCGCUUGGCAACUUGCUCUUUUGUCACAAACAUGUCAAAAUGCGGCGGCCGUCAGGUGUGCGUCAAGUCAGCCCUCGCUAGCGGCACUUGGGAAGAAUUGCUGGUUGUUGUGCGUCCUCCCCCGCCCACCACCACCAACCCCCCCCCCCCCCCCCGCUCCCUGCCGCACUGGUUCCGUCUGGCUCUCGCUCAGCUGCUGCGUGUCCCGGGAUGACCUGUUGAUGUCGGUAGAAUGGAGACUGGCAGGGGGAGCGAUUUCCCCCAUCACCAAAAUAUUUAAAUAAGCCAGAUUUGGGUGCUUGAUAAGCGACGUCGCAGCCGAGCUACCUCGCCCGCGUUGACAAGCCUGUUGGUGUGCAUUUGCGCACCAUGGCCCAGACCCUCCAGAUGGCGAUCCCAAACUUUGGCAACAACGUUUUAGAGUGUCUGAAUGAGCAGCGGCUGCAGGGCCUCUACUGCGAUGUCUCGGUGGUGGUUAAGGGGCAUGCCUUCAAGGCCCACCGUGCCGUGUUGGCUGCAAGCAGUUCUUAUUUCCGGGACCUUUUCAGCAACAGCGGCAGUAGUGGAGCCUGUAGCAGCAAUGAGGCCAGCCCAGCUGUGGUGGAGCUUCCACCAGCUGUGCAGCCGCAGAGCUUUCAGCAGAUUUUGGCCUUCUGCUACACAGGCCGUCUCAGCAUGACGGUGGGGGACCAGUUCCUCCUAAUGUAUACUGCUGGCUUCCUGCAGAUCCAACAGAUCAUGGAAAAAGGCACUGAAUUCUUCCUCAAGGUUUCCUCCCCCAGUUGUGACUCCCAGGGUCUUAACGCAGAGGAGACGCCACCAUCUGAGCCUCAGAGUCCUGUAACACAGACUGGUACCAGUGCAGCCCGGCCCGCCGCCUGCUUGACGCCUCUACCGUUGGUGUCACGGGUGAAGACAGAGCAACCUGCGAGCCAACCCGAAGCUGCUGCUCAUUCAGUGGUCUGCACUCCUGUCGCCAAGCGUUUGUGGGAGGGUGGCAGCAGCCGUGAUGGAGGAGGAGGCAGCUCUGGUGGAGGAGGGGGCGCUAGAAAGGCAGCGCGUUACUCCCAGGAGGCGGUGCGAGGCAGUGCCAUCCAGAGCCCCGGAGCGCUCGGACUGGCCAUGGGUAUGGGUGCCACGGCGACCAGCCUGGCUGGCAUGGUAGCAAGUGGCGGACUUAGUGGUAGUGCAGGCACCAAUGGGAACUCUGCGUCCGGUGUUGGCAUGUCAGAGGGCGCCAGUCCAGGCACCCUGAGUACCUACGCUAGUGACUCACCUAUCAGCUACCACGAUGAUGAAGAGGAGGAAGAGGGCACAGAGGACAGUGCGGAAGAGCAGUACAGGCAAAUCUGCAACAUGUACACCAUGUACAGCAUGCUCAACAUGGGGGCUGUAGCUUCUAAUGUUUCCUCAGCUGCUGGCGAGCGGGUGGAGGCUCUUCCCGACCAUACGGAGACACGGGGGCGCAUGCGUGGCCGAGACCUCACUUGUCUCCCGGCAGAGCUUAUUGCCCAGAUAGGCAACCGCUGUCAUCUUAAACUGUAUGAGGAAGGAGAUCCUGCUGAGAAACUAGAGCUGGUCUCAGGUACGUCUGUCUAUAUUUCCCGAGCCCAGCUGAUGAACUGUCAUGUGAGUGCAGGGACCAGACACAAGGUGCUGCUGAGGAGGCUGCUGGCUGCCUUCUUUGACAGGAAUACACUGGCCAACAGCUGCGGGACGGGCAUCCGCUCAUCCACUAACGACCCGAGCCGCAAGCCCCUCGACAACAGAGUGCUGCAUGCAGUCAAAUUUUACUGCCAGAACUUUGCCACCAGCUUCAAAGAGAGCGAGAUGAACGCCAUCGCCGCCGACAUGUGCACCAAUGCCCGACGAGUGGUCCGCAAGAGCUGGAUCCCCAAGCUCAAGCUGCUGAUCGCCGAAAGCGACGCCUACUCCGCCUUCCUCUCCGACGGCGUUAAAGCCGAGGACGACACCCUGGGCGCCGAUCCGGCGUUUGAUCCCGCCUCUCUGGAAGCCUCGGCCGGCGCCGGCGCGGAUUCUGGCGGCUCUUCAGGUGAAUCGUUACCGGGCGUGAGCGGGGAUGUGGGAGCCUUAUUUUGAGCGUUGCGUUCGGGGACGUCUAGCGACACGUGCGGCAGUAUUUCCCAGUUGUGCUUGCCUCCUGACUCUCACAUGUGACUGUCUAUACUACACUGCUACGGCUGUAACCAGGACAUGGAAACGACCUUUGCUUUACUUUUCAGACUGUAGAACGGAGCUUCUAGAGGGGAGGGAGAGUGUGAGAGGGCACCCGACUGUCCUCUGCCUCUUCUUGUCCUUUUAAGGUGUAUAAGCACCUUCAUCGAUGCAUAUUCAGUACAUUCCCAGUAGUGCUGGUGGUAUGAGGUGAUAGCGGAGCCUGAGGAAGUAGGGUGCAUGGAAAGUGAGUUAGUUAUGGAAAACCCUUUGAGCAUUUAUUCGAUAGCCUUGAUCUCCAGCUUGAAGUCCAUGUAUUAGUUUUUUCCACUAUUAGUGCCACUUUUAGCCUACUAGUAUGCAAUUAAACCUUACUAGUAAACUACUCUGCUGCACCAGUAGCACUAGGCCCAACUAGUAGGCACGUCACGCACUAGUACCUCAUUAUAAAAGAUAUUGACUAACUGCUAAAACGGCUUUCCAUUUAUUCGAUAUCGAGCUUUAAGGGACAGUAUGCAGUUUUCAAACUGCUAGCAAUAUUUCAAUGCAGCUUCAUUACAUUCCCUGCCCCUGCGCCCGUUACACAAAAUGUUUUUGGGAAUGUACAAUCAAUCAAAAAUAUAAGAGAGGUCAUCAACUUACCUGAUGACUCGGUGAGAACGUGAUGUUACGUAAGUGGUGGUUUUCCAAACUCAGGCAUGCAGCCGUCUGAGUAUAGGACACACACCAGUGUUACAUAUCUUUCCCUUGAUUUGAAGUAGAGAGCUGUCCAAUUUCUUGGUUUUAGCUUUUGUUGCUAACUGGAGUUAAAUAAUCCGACCGAGAAACUGCUAUAGUCUACUCUGUCAGAGACUGCGGUGCGUUCCCGUGAGCCCCUGUGUGUACGGUGUGCAUGUGCAAAUAACUGACAGUGUAUUCGGUCAAGCUUCUUGUCACUACAAUCUCUGAUUGGCUAUUCUUGUCCUGCCAUGCCCAGUGGUAAAAUAAUAAUUAAAAUUAAAUGAUCAUUUGAAUAAUAUUCUACUAUCAUGUCAUACUGACAGUUUUUUGUAUGUUUUAAAAAGUGUUUUUUGUUUGAAAAUAGCAAAUUGUUCCUUUAAGGUCUGUGUACUACGGCACUCUUUGUCCUCCCUAGGAAGAGAAUUCAGCACACUACUAGAAUGACUGUGUCUUACUAGUAAAGUUUUUUUUUUCCCACUACUAGUGCCGCUUUUGGCCUACUACUACGACCUUAAAAUGAAAAUCAAGAAUAUCAAAUAAAAAUGCUUAAAUGGCUUUCCAUAAAGCUGUUUGAGCAUUUAUUCGUUAACCUUUAUAUCCAAUUUGAGAUCUAUGUACUAGUAUGACCUUCUUACUCCCUAGUAAAACAAUUUAGUGAAAUUGUAGAAUGAAUGUGUCUGACUGGUAACGCUUUUUGCACUACUGCCUUUUGCUACUGUAUGACAUUUCUAUUUCUGCACACUAGUAGGACAACUAUGGCAUACUAGUAGGACAACCACAUGUCAUGAGUGCGGCAGAACUGUGCACUAGUUGACAUAGGCAUGCUACAAGUGCUGCUAGUUAAGUAUUAGAUAUUAACUAGUAGAAUUUUACGUCACUACUAUUAGUACGAAUAUUGAUGUCAAAUAACUGCUUAAAUGGCUUCAAUAGUCUUGAUAUCGAAUAAAUGCCAACUUUGGCAUACUAGUAAGACUACAUAUUAUUGAAGCAAAACUGUUCACUAGUUGACAACAGAGUGCUACUAGUAAUAGUGACAUAAAAUUAUAAUUGUGGUUCACUAUUAGUGCAGGUAGUGCACAGUUUUUACCUCACUAGUAACAUGUAAUUGCCCUACUUGUUUCUUUCUAGUGUGCAAAAAUUGUCGGACAGUAGUGGAAGGCACCACUAGGCACUGGCAGUAGUGGAAAAACAUUACAAAUAAUACAUUUGUUCUAUAAGUGCGGUGACUUGAAUUGUCUUACUAGUGAGCGUACUAGUACAUGGACUUUAAGCUGGAUAUCAAUUAUCGAAUAAAUGCUCAGACAGCUUUCCAUAAUUAGCGGUAUGUAUUGAAUGUAAGCGGUGGCAUUUUUUCUCUACAGUGCAAGAAUGCCUACUCGUGUUCCACAGACAAAAAGAAAAUGAAAGCGCCAGUAAAUGUUUGGAAAAAAAAAAAAGAUAUGAACACUACUUUGUCCUCAUUCCACUGCAUCAUCCACUCAUCAAUCAUCAAGUUUUCUUGGCCCCGCCUCAAAUAGUUUAGCCCGACUCUACCUUUGUUGUGUUUUACUGUGCACUGUUAUAUAAAUAUAUCCCAUCUUUGAUUUCUAUAUUUUUAGCAAGCGUGAACGGUGAUCAGAGACUUGGGAGCAGCUUUUUACUAAGACGAUUCUAAUGAAAAUGUUAUGGUCAACAGGUAAUCAAAGAUGGUCGUAUUUUUAGAAGAGAAGCUAUAUUUGUAUGCGUGCCCACGCCUGCUGUGACGUGUGAGCAAAGUGAGCGGAGAUGGAGAUUGUUUUCAAUUCUCGACGUUGUGUUGACGCAGGUGGCGACUAUUGAGGAGAAGUGGUACUUUUUACAGUAAAAAGAAGUAUGAUAACGCAACACAGCACCCUUAAUGGUUUAUUAUUAUUUGUAUGGUGCAGUAGGAUGGAAUGAAAAGAUGCUUGACGGAAUGUGCAUUUCAUCUUCUGUUUGAUAGCUCAAAAGCAGUGAGACUGAUUCCGCUGGCUUGACUGUUUCGACAAUGAUGUGCAGGGAAGUUAAGGCCCCAAAAAAACGACUACUGUGCUUUUUAUUCAAAUCAUGUUACGGGUGGGGGAAAACUGGUGACAUUUUGUACCUUAGUACAAAAAAAAACCCCAGAGGUAAUAUUUAUGAAAUAUUGGAAUGUGCCUUUUCAAUGGAAAUCAAUAAGCAGAAUUUCGGUAGGUACGGAGAAGUCUGAAGCAAUAUUGCUUCAGUUAAACGUUUUGUGUUUGUGCGUAUGCGUGUAUGAGAAGGAGAAUCGGGGUGUUUCGGUAGUUUAUACAUGUAACUGGUGGCUUUUAUUUUGGAGGUCAGGGUGGAUGUUUUUGCACCUUAGGGAGAAGAACCAGUGGUUCGUGCACCUUAUUGAGAAGUGUUGUGUCACAAUUGAACCCAUUUAGGUAGAACUUGUUAUUCACCCCACCCCCCCCCCCUCCCACCCCCACAUCUGCACGUUCCCAUUUUAAGUCUCAAGACUCCGUGUCUACGCACUGAUGAUUUCAGUGUUCCUGUUACUGAACGACUUUGUUACUGACUCUUGUGUGUGGAUCAUCAGAGCUCAUUCAAGUUGAAAGCGUUGUGGGUGCGUCUUCGGGAAAACCCUCAAAGCUCCGACAGGUGCAGUGUAAAUGGGAGUGGCUUGCCGUGCUUCUUUUUUUCCAUUCCUGGCCAGCUCAACCUCACUUAAAUUAGCAUCAAAUGAUAGCUACAAACCACCCUUAUUCCUCCUUUCGAAACCACAAGAAUGUGUGUUGUGAGAUUUAAAAAAAAAAAAAAAAAAAAAAAAAAAAAAAAAGUGCAAACAGAGAUGCAGUACUUUGGGAUUAAGCAGUAAAUAACUACAAAACCUCAUACGAGCACUCCACUUACCUCUGCAGGAUCUUUUGAAGACUGUUGUGCUUCCAGGUGUCUUGUUCACCUCCACAGCAUCAGCAGUGUUGUGCUGGGACUCAAGUUUCAAAUGUUCACUGGCUUACAACUCUUUUGUCAUGUUGUUCUUCCAACAUUUUUUGUUUAAUUUUGACAUUUAUUUAUCUGUUUUUAAAUGACCUCAGACAAUUUGGCUUCACGAAAGAAAAGUUUGAGAGUAUUGAUUAUAAUUGUGUAAGGAUGUAGUUGAUUGUGUGGAAUUGAUAGUGGAUUACUGUAGUUCCAUAAAUAGUGGUUUGGGAGCAUACGCCACUGCAAAUGGGAGGUGCACGGUGGUACUUUUUAAAAUAUCAAACAAUAUAGUGAACCCCAGUUGAAGUUCACUGCAAAACUGACACAUAAAUCAGAAGAAUAUUAAACAAGAAUUAAACAUAGUGGUGCCUUGAGAUACAGGUGAAAUAGUGAACAUUUCUUCAAACAAGAGGCUUCAAGCUGUUUAAUGCCACUCCCAGUUAAAGUUUAUAGUUAAAUGAAACAUAAAACAAAUAGAAUCACACGUUGUGUAUUUAUAACAAACAGAUAGCUUAGCCUUUAGCUUAAUGCUAAUGCUAACAUAUAAUGGGAAACUCGUAUGUAACUCUUUAAGCAACUGAUGUUCGAACACAAACAGUGCAGCAACACAUUUAAACAUUCAAUAUAACAGUACUCACAGUCAUAUAUUCUUUAUCCUCUGCGAGGAGGUGAGACGAGUUGAGACGUUUACACUGUACAGACGUCCAUUUGCAGUAUAUGCGUCUCUUUGUUCUAUACUGCCCCCUGGUGGCCAAGGUGGGCAGCAGCACAAAGACCAUUCAACUGAUGCAAAGUGUGACAAAAAUUAAUUUGUUGUCAUUACUGUAUGUUUUUAUAAAGUACAAUACUACAGAGUGCUAUUCUUUUUUUUCUAUAUUAACAAAACAGGGAGCCUGUAACGGAUUAAUGGUAUUUCCAUUCAUUUCAAUGGGGAAAGAUGAUUUGGGAUACGAGUGAGUUGAGUUGAGUCAAGGCACCACUGUAUAUUUAAACACCAAAAUUUUCAAACAAGCCAUAUCUAAAUUCAUUUAAUGAAAGUCUGCUAGCUUUAUGCUAACAUAUGAUGUGAAACGCCAUAGACAGGCUAAUGGAAAUGUCAUAUAACAUAUUUACAGUUUAACACAUAAAUAAAUGGAAAAAUGCAGCAAAAAGAUAGCUAUGGAAAGUUGAACUACACCCACGUAGACCUCAGCUAUGACAACUCCCCCAAUCAGCUUCAUGCCGCUGGCAUCGAAACAGGAGUUCAGAACAUUCAGAGAGCCAUUCUCCCAUCCCAUUUAAAAAAUUGCAUUAAAAAAAAAAAGCAUUAAUUGAUCCCUCGAUAGAUCAAGGGAAUGUAGUCAUUCCUAAUUGAAUGUACAGUACACAACUCUAAAGUUUUGACAUUGACUAGAGACCUUUUGGGAUUAGCUGUCAUGUUCUUCUGUACAAACUAGCAAACGAGUUGAGACUGAAUCAACAGUGCCACUGCUAACUGCAACCAAGUCGUGCACUCCAUCUCAUGGCCAUUUCUUCCUUUUAAUCAACAAUCAGUUCCAUACAAUCAGCAGAAUUCUGAACAAUGAGACAAUACACAUCCUUUUGUAGGUUCUCAGCAUACCUUCACUGUUAAUUGUCUAAAUGUCUCUAGUCUAGUCCUAAUUACAGAAAUGCCCUUCAGUUUUGCACUGAAUCACCCCAUAACAUCAUCUUCUCGAACUCCUAAAACCAAGAUUAUUUGUGACUAGAGACGUGUGACUAAUAAUGAGGUCCUGAAUCAGCAUCGUACCGAUGGACUGACUGGUCCAGAUUCAUUUCUAACUGAUGACUCAUUGACUCGCGCUGCAGUAGUAGCUGUGAAUCGGCACGAUUUUCCAACGAAGGAAGCGUUUGCUUGCUUUUACGUCAGCAGUCUGGGAAGAGUACAGUAUUUGGCUGUGGGCUCUCCCAAUACAAACUCUCGUUUAGGGCUUUUCAAGGUGAAUCUUUAUGUGACAGCCUUUUGUCAUUGCCGUGCAUCAACUAUAACAUUUGAGAACAAGUGUUCUUUGUUCGUUUAAUUUUAAAAAAUAAAUACAAAUUUCUCCCCUCCCAAAAAUGUGUUUACACUCACACACGCAGACCUACACACUUGAACAGAUAAGGUGUGGCAUGGCAUGGAGAUCCUUGGUACAUAUAUAAAUAUGAUAUAUAUAUGUAUAGACGAAUACUGUAUAUAAUGCAUAGACACACGUAGAGGUAAGAUUGUUUGUUGUACACUCACAGCAUGAGUUAUAUACAAUAUUUACCCUGAAACGGCGCUGCUUGUUCACAACCCGCGCAGCACUGGCUUGGCCCCUCGUUCCUUGGCCCGUGUUAAAACCCUAUAGCGCCGGUCCACCUCUUCUUUCUGUGUUCCAAGUGCCAAUAACUUUGUGAAGCCCUGUAACUGUGACCCAACAUUAUGGACGGUAAUUGCACAUUAACAAACUGUAAAAACAAGAGAACAUGUCCAAAUGGAUUCAAUGAUGAUUAUCUUAAUAAAAGAUUUGUAACAA